CUCACACUCCCCUCCCCCUAAACCCAAAACCCUUCCUAGUCUCUCUCCCAAAACCUUCAGUGCCGGCUUCCUAUAUAUUUCAAAGCUCCCCCAUUUCGAGAGAUACCCGACCAAAAUGAUCGCAUUUCUCCGGAGAAACGCCGGCAUUCCACGCCUGUUACAGAACCACCCCAUCACCCACCUCGUUGACCCCACCCGAGCUCCCGUUACGAGGACUUCUGCGUUGCGGUCCAGAGCUUAUUUCCGAUUUCCCGAUUUCCUCAGGAAAACCCGAGAAUAUGACUUCUUCCCGUCUUCCUUCUCGUAUCCUUUCUCUUCUUCUUCGUCGUCGGUCUCGAAGACUGGAUUCGUGAGUUGGUACGUGGGGAUGGUGAAGUCCAGGCCGGUCUUAACGAAGAGUAUCACCUCAGCGCUCAUUUACACCGCAGCUGACCUGACCUCUCAGACUAUUGCACUGCCAUCUACAGAAACUUUUGACUUUUUAAGGACAUUACGCAUGGCUGGAUAUGGGAUGCUAAUUUUAGGACCAUCGCUGCACUUUUGGUUCAAUUUCAUGGCAAAGCUCUUUCCAAAGCAGGAUAUAUUCUCUACGUUGAAGAAAAUGGCCAUGGGGCAGGCACUAUAUGGACCUGCAAUGACUGUUGUUUUCUUCUCUGUGAAUGCAUGUUUACAAGGUGAAAACAUUACAGAGAUUGUUGCCCGAUUAAAGCGAGACUUGCUCCCUACAAUGCUCAAUGGUGUCAUGUAUUGGCCCGUAUGUGACUUUAUCACAUUCAGAUUCACGCCCGUCCAUUUACAGCCAUUGGUGAGCAAUUCGUUUUCAUAUUUGUGGACCAUUUACAUGACCUAUAUGGCAAGCCUAGAGAAAGCAAGCAUAACUACUGGCAGAUUUACUCAAUAGUGUCAAUUCUGUUUACCGAUCCGAAGAAAGACAGAUUUCUUUUGACUGCACAGCCUAUAGCUGGAAGUUGCGUGAUAUCGUACAAACCAAAGCAUCAGGUGCCUUUGCGGGAUUUAAAUGUGAUGUCCACAGCCGAACCAUGGUUGAAGCAUAUGAACCCGCUCCACUUAUAGUUUAAAUUGAGUGUAAACCAUGCUUGGUUCUCGCUUUUGUGGGAGAUUUAUCUCUUUCUAGAGGGUUCGUGUAGUUUUUAUUCUUUAACUGACUUAAAAGGCUCGUGUAAAGCUGUGUUAAUGUGGUUGGACAAAUUAUUUACUGAGAUUAUUAGUCUGAUCUUCCUCGAUUACGGUUGAAAUAGAUGGUCAUAUUAUUACUGAAA